UUUCUCUAAUAGAACCUCAGUUAAUGUUAUUGGAUCUUUGGCAGGCUUAUACAUUGGAAUUGGAAGCAGAAGUUGCAAAACUUAAAGAAUUGAACGAAGAAUUACAGAGGAAACAGGAGGAAAUGAUGGAAAUGCAGAAAAAUCAGAUAUUAGAGAAAUUGCGUCUUCCAUGGGGAGGCAAAAGGCAAUGCCUGAGAAGAACACUCACAGGGCCUUGGUAGCUUAGGAGUGUGUAUGAUAGAAACAACACUUAGUUACGCAAUCUUAGCCAAUAGUUUGGCACAGGAUUGUCCAUAAUGUUAUUGAUAUCAUAUACCGAAGAGGUUAGGCAACCUGUAUGUGUAUAUGAGCGGACAGUGUAGCUGGAAGUUAUGAACCGAAAUCAGAGUUUUACCCUGUAGAUUAAAGGUGCUGUUGCCAUUGUUGUGAGAUGUUGUAAUUAUGGCUGUGGUUGUACUGAUAGUAUGAUUGAAAGUUAUUUUAGUAUUUAGUUAUUUAUUUAAGUAUUAUAAAUAAAAUAUGAUAAAUUUU